GGAGGAGGAGGAGGGCAGGGCGGUAAGAUGGAGCGGUCGCGCGCAACAUCGCGAAGUCCAAGUGGACGUGAUCUCGAGCUUGUGGCGUGGCCCUCGUGCGCGCGAUAGCGCGCCGCAGGAGCAAAGCGCGCGGCGGGAACAAAAAUACGCCGCAGUGUUGAGGCUGUCCUCAGGAGAUACAUCCGCAUCCACGGCCUCACACCCUGGACACUUCGGUAGCGAGACCGUGGACAUAGGGGGGCGUUGCGAGCAUGAGUAUCCCGGCGGCGCCUGCAUGCCAAAGCCCUCUCCGCCCUCGGGUGUGCGGCCGCCCUCGCGGGAGGUCUCGGCGGCGAGGCCGGCGACAGCCUCGGACAUCGCACAAAUUGGCGCGCGGACGGCCCAGACCCAGCACCGGCCAUAGCCGGGAUGCCGAACGGCCUCGGCCGUUCGCCUGGACAGGCGGGCUGCAAAAGUGUGCCCGUCACAAACAAACAGGCCGAGGAGGCAGCAGAGGAAGCAGCAGCACGAGUCGAUGCGCAGUCGAUGGGCGCCGCCCUCGCUGCAGAGUUUUCGUGCUAUACGGUGCGGAGCACGCUGGAGAAGGAGCGAAAAAGGGCCUUCCUGGAGGAGAGGAGGAGGGAGGAGGACGGAGGAGGAGCAGCAGGAGCCGACGCGCGGCCUACGACUGGCGACCCGCUCAAUCACACACAACUGCCGCAGCAGGCGGGUGAUAACACGAGGAGCACGAACGCGAGCCGACGCGCCGCCAAGCUGCGACGAUGCUCGCGGCCCGCUUGACAGCACAGCUGCUGGAGACGAGGACGAGGAUAGCGAGGACGUUUCAAAAACGCGCGGUGGCCUUCGCCGAGGCGCCCUCCCAGCUGCCGGGGGGCGGCGCGCGGCCAGCACGCGGGCCCCCCCUCCGGGGGGGCGGCGUGCGGCCGUGCGCAGCGGCCCCGCGGCUGCGCGUGGGGAGGCCGCACGGGGGGGGAGGGCGCUCGGGCGCGCGAGGGGCGAACACGGCCGGUGGGGGCCGCUCGGAGCAGAGGCGAGAGUGAACACGGGCCUGCGCCCGAAACACUGACGCUCGCGCUCGCGAGCCUACCCCGAGGAAUGU